UAAAUUACGUUAUAAGACUAAAUAACAUAUUGAUAUCGUUAGGAAAUGCUAAUGAUAAGGCUAUUUGGAAAAGAUAACGAAUGCAAAUUUACAUUACUUAAGUAAUGAAAUGUAACGUGAAUAAUAAACUCUUAAUAUUAAGAGAAACAGGGAUUAUAUGGCAAUAAAACUAUUCAAAUGAAUAUUGGAUGAUGCAUUUUUUGCAUAUCGAAUGCAACUGGUCAUCGAGAGGUGCUUCGAUCUCGCAGAAUCGAUCCUCAGUCGACGCGUGGCAACCGUGUCUGGUUGAUGCGUGUUAUCGUUACAAAAUUUACGAAAGGUUUUAAAACGUAGAUAGCAACUGAUAAGCGACACUAAUCAGACACAUGAGGUUAGUGUUAUGUAGAUAGUUAACGUAGCCGGUGGCUAAGUAGCGGGUUUUCGCAUGAUGAUGAAAAGAAAUGUAGUAAGCCUGAUAAAGUUCUUCUUUCUGGCGGCUUUAACUGUUUUCCUGACCGUUGUUGUGUUCCGCCGCAUACGGACGUCACCUAACCAUGAAGUUUCGACACCGGUAACCGCAUUGUUGGUUGACAGGACUGACAGUGCGAGAAAUUCCAUCGAUUCGAGGCAGAAUAUCAACGAACAUUUACCUCAGGUACGGGUUAAAGACCUGCUCAUUAUUAGCAAGGUUUCAGAUGGAAAAAUAGAUUGGCAUGAUUACAAAAAAAUUGAGGAAGAAACUAAAAGGAGCGGAAUAGGUGAACAUGGAAAGCCAGCAUUUCUUUCACCGUCUCUUGAUUCGUUGAAGGAAAAAUUAUAUCAGGUGAAUGGUUUCAAUGCUGCGCUCAGCGAUGAGAUUUCAAUGAAUCGUUCUGUACCUGACAUUAGACAUCCAGAUUGUAAAAAGAAGAAAUACUUAAAGAAUCUUGAUGCAGUCUCUGUGAUAGUCUCCUUUCAUAACGAGCAUUUUAGUACUUUAAUGCGUACUUGUCGGAGCGUUAUCAAUCGUUCACCAGCAUCGUUGCUUGAAGAAAUAAUAUUGGUAGAUGACGCUAGCACCAAGACAGAGCUGAAGAAGGGUUUAGAUGAUUACGUUGCUGAACACUUGCCAAAAGUGAAGAUUGUAAGAUUACCACAACGGUCUGGAUUGAUUAAAGGAAGACUAGCCGGAGCAAAAGUUGCAAAAGCAAAAGUACUUGUAUUUCUGGAUUCUCACAGCGAGGCAAAUGUGAAUUGGUUACCACCGUUGCUGGAACCCAUUGCACAAAACUAUAAAACUUGCGUGUGCCCUUUCAUUGACGUGAUAGCUUAUGAAACAUUUGAAUAUAGAGCCCAAGAUGAAGGUGCAAGAGGAGCUUUCGAUUGGGAAUUGUACUAUAAGAGAUUGCCAUUGUUACCCGAAGAUCUUAAACAACCAACAGAACCAUUCAAGAGCCCAGUUAUGGCAGGUGGUCUGUUUGCCAUCAGUGCUAAGUUUUUCUGGGAGCUAGGUGGAUAUGAUCCAGAGUUGGAUAUUUGGGGUGGUGAACAAUAUGAAUUAUCGUUUAAAAUAUGGCAAUGCGGUGGUCAGAUGUACGAUGCUCCUUGUUCAAGAGUGGGCCAUAUUUACAGAAAAUUUCCUCCUUUCCCCAAUCCGGGCAAAGGUGACUUCCUAGGGAAAAAUUACAAGAGAGUAGCUGAAGUAUGGAUGGAUGAAUAUGCAGAGUAUAUUUACAGAAGACGCCCACACUUAAGAUCAUUAGAUCCUGGAAAUUUAAUAGAACAGAAGAGUUUAAGAACUAGAUUACACUGCAAACCAUUCAAGUGGUUUAUAGAAAAUAUAGCGUUCGAUCUUGUUGAUGUAUACCCUCCUGUAGAACCGGAUGACUUUGCAUCUGGAGAGAUUCGUAACAUGGGUGUGCCAGAAUUAUGUCUAGAUUCUAAAAAACGAAAGAGAGACGAACUCGUGGUAGUCGACGUUUGUAUAAAAGACAAUCCAAAAAUCGUAGGAGAACAAGAGUUCAAAUUAACUUGGCACAAAGAUAUCAGACCAAAAGAUCGGACAGAGUGUCUGGAUGUAUCCAGAGGAGACACAAAAGCUCCUGUUAGCUUGUAUCCUUGCCACGGUGGCCAGGGAAAUCAACUGUGGCGUUACAACGUUGAAAAGCAAUGGUUGAUGCAUGGCUAUUCGUCAAGGUGUUUAGACACUGAUCCAGCGAGCAAGAAGGUCUUUGUAACAAAUUGUGAUUCGUCUUCUCCAACUCAGAAAUGGAGAAUCGAGAAAGUAAACAUGAAAGCUAUUAAUAAUUGGGAUAACGUGGGACCCAAACGACAUUGAUUCCUUUGCUUUUUACUGCCGUAAUUUUCUUAGCCUUAUUUAAUUAUCUAACUUCUAAUUAUCUAAUAUGUACAUAUAAACGUAUGCCCUAUUUUUAACUAGUCAUACGAAGUCGUCAGUUUUGGGUUCAUUUCCUUCUCCGUCAUGAUACAAUGGAAGAUAUUUUGACGAUUUGAAGUUAUAGAAAACAAAAUGUACUUUUUAUCAAUCUUUACAGUAUUUCAAUGAUGAGAUCGUUUUUAAUACAUCUGUACGAAAUGUAAAUAUUGUAUGAACCCUCUGUUGUGCCUUAUACGUAUAGCUGCAUUUAGAACUACAUAUUAAUUAUAUUGAUUACUUUGCAAAAAAGUAACUUCGCUUUACUGCUCAAUUUUUAUCUGAUCUUAAUCCUUUUGUUUUUUUUUUUUUUUUUUUAAUUAAUACCAUGUAUUUAAGAACGUGUAAGAACUGAUUGAAUCAAGAACUUUCUUUAUUGCCAAAUUUUUAACAACUAUUUAAAUUAAGUUUCUCUUAAUGACUGAUAUGUAAUGUAUGUUUUUUAACGUCAUAUAGAUAUGGUACAAGGAAUAAAUUGUUUCUUAUCUGUCGUCAAACGACAUUUUUUUGUACAAGCUAUUCGAAUAAACAAAAUGUUCCAUUUACACAAUGUUAAGUAAUAAUAAUAUUUACAUAAAUGAAAAAAUCGCGUACAUAUCUUAAUGAAGUUUUUUAAUACAGAAUCGACUCAAAAUGGUGAAUCUAUGUUUUAUUCGACUGUGAUCGACGUCGAUUUUACUCAUUACUCAAUAUGAUGAACAGUUGCAUUUGUUAUUGCAACUAUUUUUGUAAAACGUUUCUAUAAUUUAAUAAACAUUUUUAUAAUGCAAUCGAUAAGAAGAUUUGAAGGAAAAUAUAGAUUUCAUUUAAGAA